UGUGAGAGCCUUUAUUGUACAACUGCGGUAAUUCAUUUGGCUGGCCCAUCUACAAAUUAUUGGAGCUACGCUAGUGGCAAAUUCCAAUGUUGUUGUGUUCGGACGGUCUAGUCAUCGCACCUUAAAUCCCAGCUCAUCUCUCUUUGAAUUAUAUUCCUCCUUCUUACCAUGCUGAAAGUUCGACAUGCAAUUGUUUGCCUAUUAUGCAGACAUCUUUCGGAGACCGUGGCCUUCCCAAGCAUUCUCAGUAACAUCAAUUGGAAGGCCGGAGUUGAGUUGCUGGACAACUUUGAAUGGCCAAAGACCACAUCACCGACGAAGAGAGAAACCACGCCCAAUGGAUCUACUAUCCUGUGGGUUAUUCAAGAUACCUAUGAAGGCAGUACUUUUUUUGAUACGUUUAACUUCUACACCGGUGCGGAUCCUACGAAUGGUUUGGUGAAUUUUGUUGACGAACAGACGGCAUUCAACGACGGCUUAGCACGUGUAACCUCCGAUAACAAGGUCAUCAUGCGGGGCGAUAAUACAACUCAGCUAGCAUAUGGGGUCAACAGAAACAGCGUCCGCAUAACAAGUCAGGCUCAGUACAAUAUGGGUCUCUUCAUACUGGACCUGGAUAUGGCUCCAUGGGGUUGUGGUGUUUGGCCCGCAUUCUGGACGCUUGGGAAUGGGACAUGGCCAUUUAAUGGUGAAAUAGACAUCAUUGAGGGUGUACACGACAACGAACACAACCAAGUCACCUGGCAUACCGCUCCUGGUUGCAACUUAACCCAGAGUACCAACUUCACUGGGUCAAUUGUGCAAACGAAUUACGUGGAUAACCUCCAAUGCGAUGCAUUCAUCAAUGGGAACGCAGGGUGUGGUGUGACAGAAUGGAGUCGAGCAUCAUAUGGCCCAUUAUUUGAUGAAGCUGAUGGCGGCGUCUUUGCCAUGAAUUGGGAUGAAAACGGCAUCGCAGUUUGGUCAUUUUACCGCGCAACUAUUCCGCUGGACAUUACACAGGGAGAACCAAAUCCGUCCAAUUGGGGUGAACCUGUUGCUGCACUGUCCGCUCAGUCGUGUAAUAUUACUAACUACUUCGCAAAUCACUCGAUUAUAUUUGACAUCACGUUUUGUGGUGACUGGGCCGGCAACUCGUACAAUACAUCAGGUUGUACUGGCACUUGCCAGAACACGUUGAUGGAUCCGGCUAAUUUUGUUAAUGCCUCUUGGAUCAUCAAUUCGCUCAGUGUCUACAAGCAGACUUUGUUGGUAAUUGGCGGCACGUCGGGCGCAACCCGAAGACAUCCUAUCAUGAACUUGGAGAUGACUGGUUGGAUUAUCUCUACAAUAGUAUUCUUACACAUCGUGCUCGUCUCGCUUUGAGAUGCUGGCUGUUCAAGCAGAGACAUGACAAGCUAUUAUACGACGAGCUACUAUGGACGAUCAGAGGAACACGCAUCAGUACUUGAUACCACGAGGACAUGUCAAUAGAUCUUGCACCCCUAACAUUUGCCUUAUAAUUC